AUUCAACAUGCAAAUGAAUAAUUCCUCACCAUCCCCAUUUGCCAAAAGAUUGCAAGGCAAAGUCGCCAUAGUCACCGGUGGUGCAAGCGGUAUCGGUGAAAGCACGGUGAGGCUUUUCACCAAACAUGGCGCCAAAGUGGUGAUUGCGGACGUCCAAGACGACCAAGGAGCUUCCCUUUGUCAGGAACUACUUUCUAAACCUGGAAAUGUGGUCAUGUAUGUUCAUUGUGAUGUUACCAUUGAUUCCGAUGUUCAGAACGUCGUCGACACCACAGUUUCCAAAUAUGGGAAGCUGGACAUCAUGUUCAACAAUGCAGGUAUCUCCGGGGACUUGGAUGACACGAUAAUGGGCUCUGGUCUCAAUAAUCUCAAACGGGUUAUUGAAGUGAACACAUUUGGUUCCUUUUUGGGAGCCAAACACGCGGCUCGGGUCAUGAUUCCGGCAAAAAAAGGGGUGAUUCUGUUCACUUCAAGUGUGUCUUCGGUGACUGCCGGAUAUUCGUCACAUGCCUACACGAUGUCGAAGCACACGGUGGUGGGGUUGAUGAAGAAUUUGUGUGUGGAAUUGGGACAAUAUGGGAUACGGGUGAACUGCGUCUCACCUAGCCCUGUUGCUACGCCGCUGCUGGUUGAUGCCGUUGGAAUGGAGAUGAAGGUGGUGGUGGAGGAAUCGUUGCGUGCAUCGGCCACCUUGAAAGGUGUGAUGCUGACGGUGGAGGAUGUGGCGGAGGCGGCGUUAUAUUUGGGUAGCGAUGAGGCUAAGUUCGUGAGUGGGGUGAACCUGGUGCUGGAUGGUGGUUACAGCACCACCAAUUUGUCCUUCCCGACCAUGCUCAAGAGUUUUGGACUUUAGAAGCAAACCCUUUCACUUGUGAGUAAAUUUUUAUCUUUGGUUUACUAUUAAUCGCAUUUUCAUAUUUUAAAUAAAUCUGUGACGUUUAUUUAGCGACUCGUACUUCAACUUGUCAUCCGGUAUCAGUGUUUAGAGUUUGGUAUGAGGUUUUAGUUUUCAAUGUUCAAUGGAUGUUCCAUGAGAUCUGUGUUCUCGUGGUUCAAUCGGGUUGUAUUUGCUCACAAGCUUUAUUAUCGAUCUAUAUUU